AUGGCUGCCGCAGAGACGCGUAGGCUGCUUGAGCAGCUCAUGGGCGAGCAGCUCAUGAGCGGAACCGACCAGCGCGCGCCCCAGCUCAGCAUCACCGACCCCAAGGUCUGCCGCUCGUAUCUUGUCGGCAACUGUCCCCAUGACCUCUUCACCAACACCAAGAACGAGCUGGGCCCCUGCCCCAAAGUGCACAAUGAGGCGCUCAAGACCGAGUACCAGGACGCCGACGCCGACCAGAAGCGCAGGUGGGGCUUCGAGUUUGACUACAUGCGCGACAUGCAGCAUCACAUUGACAGCUGUAACCGAAAGAUAGAUUCGGCCCAGCGCCGCCUAGAGAAGACGCCCGAGGAAAUCCGCCAGACGAACGCUCUGCUCAAAGCCAUCAACGAACUUACCAAGUCGAUUGACGCCGGCAUGCUCGAGAUCCAGAUCAUGGGCGAGGAGGGCAUGGUCAACAUGGCCGUCCAAGAGUUCACAAAGGUCCGCUACAAAAAGGCCGAGAAGGAGGAGCGCGAGCGCGAGCUGAGGGCCCUCUCAGACACCGGAGGCCCUUCAGGGCACCAGAAGCUCCAGGUGUGCGACGUAUGCGGUGCGUAUCUCAGUCGUCUGGACAAUGAUCGUCGUCUAGCAGACCACUUCUACGGCAAGAUGCAUCUUGGAUAUGCGCAGAUGCGCAAGUCGUACGACACGCUGUCCAAGGAGCUCAAGGACCGAGUUCCGCCCCGCAAUUCCUACGCUCCCUCUGGUGGCGACAUGGAUCGAGGCAGUGGUGGGGGCUGGGGAGGCGGUGGGUAUGGCGGCGGCGGCGGUGGCUAUCGUGGCGGACGAGGCCGUCGCGGUGGCAGAAGAGGCGGCUGGUAAUCCUCCUCAGGUCCCGGCGUUAAGGUGUGUCUAUGAGAUUCCCAAAAUGUGCAGCUUACCACAGUAUUGAUGCGAAAGAAAAAAAAACAACCGCGACUUUGGCGGUACCUGUACAACAUCUGGCGACUUAUUUGGGCUUU